AUGCAGAGCUUUCAGGCUAAUAAUCCGUCGCAAUCCGGUCCCAAGAACUAUGUGUUCGUCGACGAGCAUAAUCGCCAUAAGCGCCUCAAGGUCAUGAGAGCAUGUGAGGGCUGCCGACGACGAAAGAUUCGCUGCGAUUCCGCGACUACCAACACUUGGCCUUGCGCUGCGUGUGUCCGCCUCAAGCUCCACUGCGUCCCGCCUGUUGGAGGCGCCGACGGCGACUUUGGUUCUUCUGGACCCGCGCCACCGGGUGCCACUGCUAUCGACUUCCAGAAUUACGAUCCGUCGUCGACUGACGGUACUCCUGCUGGACAGGGCUUCCCACACAACUAUCACGAAGAACAAUUUGACGGCUAUGCUAAUUACGGCGCGGGUUAUUCCAAGGAGAACUAUUAUCCCCAAGGCGAUCCGUACCAGAAUUUAUAUGGCCAGCAACUUAAUGAUGCCGCGCUGGCCUCUUUCCAGGGCGCACCAUUUCAAUCGGUGCGAUCUGACUCAGAUAGUCAAGGCCACACGCGGGAAAGCCCCGUCACCCCGUAUACUGCGGAAGAUUUGAGUCAGCAUCUGGGAGAUUUGAAAAUUAACGAAAAUGGAAUCGCACCCUACAUCCGUCAGCAGAAGGUGGACGACAACGAACCCGACGCUCCCAUACUGGAAGUUCAGGAGCCGGAAUUCAAAGUCAGCGCUUUCAGUACGGACGCCGGAUCCCAGAUUCGGAUUCCGCCCGCUUUGAUGCCCGAUGAUGAGGAUGCGCUCGAGUAUUUCAAGAUCUUCUUCCGAGACGUGCAUCCAUAUGUCCCGGUACUAUGCAAGAGCCAGUUCUACCAUCAAUGGCAUAAUAGACGCGAAUCUAUUUCACCUCUCGUAUUGGAGGCCAUCUUCGCAUGCGCUGGUCGCAUGUCAGAUGAUCCUGCCCAAGGUGCACAAUGGCUCGCACUCGCCAAUAAGCAUGAACCAUGUUUUCUCGACACCCCUCGGCUUAGCACUGUGCAAGCUUUGCUACUCCUUCUCAAGGCGCGCGAGAGCGCACCAAAAAGAGGUUACUAUUACCGAUCAUGGAUGCUGUGCAAAACCACCGUAUCCAUGGCCAAAGACCUCGACCUUCACGAGCACCAUGAAGCCCACGAAAAUGGGGAAGACUGUGGUUCUGAACCGGUAGAGUGCUUAAUCAAAACGCGCAUCUGGCAGACUUGCCUAAUCGUCGAAAUGAUGGUUGGCGCUCCUCAAGGCCGCACAGAUAUGUCCGUCGAUCCAAACUCCGUCGACAUCUCCCCAAAUCCGCCAUGUUCCGAUAUUGACUCUUUUGAGACAUCGGUUUCACGCCAGUAUGCCUACUUCUUACGGAAUGCUCGCAAUAUUCGUCUCAUUACUGAGGUUGCUCGUAAGUUGAAAAGGAAGGAGGAUUGGGGCCUCGACAAAGAACUUAUUUCGUACAACGUCGCCUUUAAUCGAUGGCCUGAUGACCUUCCGGGCAGUCUCAAGAUAAACUUAUCUGCCGAUGGAUCAGUGCCGAGCCUCGCAUCUCACUUUAUUGGUAAUAUGCAUUCACAUUACCAUCUCGGAAUAGUCAUGCUACGGCGCGCUCAGUUGACAGCGUCGGAGAAAUUCGCCACGGAUGAGGCCUGGAAACAGCACAUGAGCGCUUGCUAUCGAUCCGCAAAGAUACUUUGCCGGUUGCAGGAGGCUCUUUUGGCCCAAUAUGACCUUGCUGGUCUACUGGUCAUGCAAAGAGGAAUCAAUUUCACCAUAUACGCGAUCCUCACUUGCGUUAUGAUUCACCUGAUUGCAAUUACCUCACCAGACCCAGAGUUUCAUACAGACGCUCGAGACUACUUUGUAAGGCAUAUGCGGAUACUUGAGCGCUGUAUCGCGGCAUGGCCAAUGCCGGAAACCGAAGCGCAAAUCAAUGGAUUACGCGCCGCUUUCUCCGCUGAUAUCCACCGGCCAUUCGAGCUCAAAAGCUCGUUCCCUAUGGGCUCUCCAGGAGAGAAUUACCAGCCCAGUCCGCCAGCGCAGGGAGAUUAUCAGCAGCUCUCACAGCAAGGCCAACAACCUCAAGUGGUGAUCCCGCAGAGUCAGCCUUACAUGAACCAGCAAAUGGCUUCAAUCCAGCAAGGUUCCUAUCUCGCUACGCCACCAGUUUCCGCAGUUUCAGACUCGAAACCUCAAUCCCCGCUGAAUCAGCCCGCUUAUGACAUGAACUCGCAGCAUUCCACCAACUUCACCUCAAUGCCGCCGAACUCCUUUUAUCAGCAGAAUCUGAGCCCCCAUGACCCUCCGCAAUGGAAUCCGACACCGAUCAUCGACCAGUUCAACACAGCGUUCGCCAUACCGCCAUCAGCCCUUGGCCCACCUGGUGCAUAUGGGAGCUCACCGCCUAUCCAGAUGCCCGCCGCUCAGAGCUAUUUGCAGAACACGCCAUCUCCACCAUAUCCGGCGGCAACAACUGGUGGAAUGCAGCAACAGCAACAGCCACAGCAGAUGCGUCCGCAAACCGCAUACCCCCCUGACAACGUCUACGUGACGCCCAAGCAGUGGCAGCAGAGCGUUGCCAGCGUGUACGACGGUGGCAUGAAGAGGAGAUGGGACUACAUGCAGCAAGGCAGCGGUGUGGCCGGAGAGCCGAUGGCGAAGAGGAGAUGA